AAUGUGGAGGACAAGAGGCAGACAAAGGCAAAUGCUCCUGUUUCACCUAAAAUUUCUGAAGUUGAGAAAGACAAAGGUGUGUAUGUUGGUGUGGAGGGUGAUGCAGAACAUGAGGAAGGCAGUCCCCAACAUGAUUCUGAGUGGUGUCUGGGGAGUAUAUGGAACGAGCUAUCAUUUGCAUUAGAAUGUUCCAAGGAUACUGCUGUAGAUUCUUCAUCUGAUAAGCACACCAUUGUGGGUGCAGAAGAUUGUGAUCAUUCAUUCAUCUUGAAAGAUGAUAUAGGUUCUGUCUGCCGAGUUUGUGGAUUGAUUGAGAGAGGGAUUGAAACCAUAAUUGAGUAUCAAUAUGCAAAGGCCAAAAAGAGUGAAAGAACUUAUAGAUAUGAACGUUCCCUCCGAAAUGGCCUUGAGCAAACUAAAAUCCUUCCUGAAAGUAUUAGAUGGGUUGAACAUGAAGACUCUUUGACAGAAGUUGCUGUCCAUCCACGGCAUCGGAAGGUAAUGAAACCGCAUCAAGUUGAGGGGUUCAAUUUUCUGACAAGCAACUUGGUGACAGAUCAUCCUGGUGGUUGUAUAAUGGCACAUGCCCCAGGAUCGGGGAAAACUUUUAUGAUCAUUAGUUUCCUUCAGAGUUUCAUGGCUAAAUAUCCUUCUGCAAGACCAUUGAUUGUACUGCCAAAGGGAAUCAUAUCAACAUGGAAGAAAGAAUUCCAGAGAUGGCAAGUGGAAGAUAUACCGCUAUAUGAUCUCUACUCAUCCAAAUCAGAAAGUAGGAGUCAGCAGCUAGUAAUUUUGAAGAGAUGGGCAAACGAAAGAAGCAUUUUGUUUCUGGGAUAUGCGCAGUUUGCUUUGAUUGUAUGUGACAUGGAUAUGAAUGAAACAACUCUUGGAUGUCGGGAUAUAUUGUUAACUUGCCCUUCUAUUCUUAUCUUGGAUGAAGGUCACACUCCCAGAAACCAAAACACUGAUAUUUUGAAGUCUCUUGAACAGGUACAGACACCUCGCAAGGUUGUACUUUCUGGCACCCUUUAUCAAAACCAUGUCAGGGAAGUCUUCAAUGUUUUGAAUCUUGUUUGUCCAAAGUUUCUGAAAAUGGGGACUCCUAAAGUCAUUAAAAGGCGCAUCUUGAGUAAGGUACAAAUAUCAAGCGGGAGGAGUUCUAUUGCAAAGUUUUCUGAUGAUGACUUCUAUAACCUGGUGGAGUGCACGCUCCUUGAAGAUGAGAAAUUCAAUAGGAAAGUGAAUAUCGUUCAAGAUCUGCGGGAGAUGACAAGCAAAGUUCUUCACUACUACAAGGGAGAUUUCUUGGAUGAACUACCUGGACUAGUUGACUUCACUGUCUUUCUUGAACUCAGCCGUGCACAAAAGAAAGAAGUUGCAGAGCUGAAGGAACUGAAAAGUAGGUUCAAAAUAAACUCUGAAGGAAGUGCUAUCUAUGUGCACCCGCAGUUGAAGAAACUUUUGAUGUAUUCUGGAGUUAAAGAUAGGGUUGAUGUGGAGAAGAUUGAUCUAAUGUUGGAGAAACUGAAAGAGACUGAAGGAAUAAAGGCCAAAUUCUACCUAAAUCUUCUCCAGCUAUGUGAAUCCACUGGCGAGAAGUUGCUAGUUUUCAGUCAAUAUCUUCUCCCUCUAAAGUUCUUGGAGAGACUGACUGUGAAAGUUAAAAACUAUAGUCUUGGAAAAGAAAUGUUUGUGAUCACUGGUGACUCAGAUUCUGAAAUUCGAGAUUCUUGCAUGGAGCAAUUCAAUAAUUCUUCAGACGCUAGAGUCUUUUUCGGAUCAAUUAGAGCUUGUGGUGAAGGAAUAUCACUUGUAGGAGCAUCACGCAUUAUUAUACUGGAUAUACAUCUAAACCCCUCAGUCACCCAGGCAAUUGGACGUGCAUUUCGACCUGGGCAACAGAGGAAAGUGUACACCUACAGAUUGGUUGCCUCUGGUUCUCCAGAAGAGGAUGACCAUUUAACUUGCUUCAGAAAGGAGUCUAUUGCAAAGAUGUGGUUGGAAUGGAAUGGAUGUCAGGGUCAAGAAGAUUUUCAGAUGGAAAAUGUCGAUGUUAAUGAUUGUGGUGAUUUGUUUCUAGAGUCAUCACAGUUAAACCAAGACGUAGUCUCUCUUUACAGAAGGUAAACAGCCAGCACAGUUGGAGGCUUGUAGAUAACAGCUUAUUUUUGGAUGGACUUUUGUCUCAUUUUGUUGACAAUUAUAGGCAGGUGGGGCACAUGAUUAGGUUUUAUAAUUUUGAUAUUGCUGACAGUUUGUAAAAAUGACUGGGAGGAUAGAAAUGUAAACCUCAGAUGUUCAACAGAGAUUAUGUAAAUUGCUGGCUGACUUUCAGAGAAUGAAGU